CAAACUCGUACACUUCUAGCCCUUUUAACAAUCUUUUUUGAGAGCUCCAUUGAACAGAAAAUUGCCUCCAUUCUAGAUUCUCAUUUGGAGGCAAGCAGGACCCACGAGGGCUGACACUGCCUGCAUUAAGAACGCGAAUUGGUCAGGUGUGGCCACCGCCUGCAGGCGGUUAAUAACUGGAGCCGCGCAAGCGCUGCGCUUUGGCCCUGCCCAUGCCCACGGUUGCAGAUUGGUGGGCUGGAUCACGUGAUUGAGCCUCGCCUCUUCCUGGGAGGCUGGGGGCCAGUCCGCAGGCUCGUUUCCGGUUCGGUAGGUCCACGAUGACGGAGCCGGGCGCCUCUCCGGAGGACCCCUGGGUCAAGGCAAGCUCCGCGGACGCGCACGCCGGCGAGGGGAGGGCGGGUCGGGCUCGUGCACGUAGGGGGUCCGGAAGACGCGGGGCUCCCCAACUAUCCCCAGAGUCUCCCCUGCUGUCCGGGCCCCGGGGCUGCAGAGAAGACAGCUCUCACCCGGCGUAUGCCAAGGUCGAGUAUGCCUACAGUGACAACAGCCUGGACCCUGGGCUUUUUGUAGAAAGCGCCCACAAGGGGAGUGUAGUGUCCAGAGCUAAUAGCAUCGGUUCUACCAGUGCCUCUUCCGUCCCCAACACAGAUGACGAGGACAGUGACUAUCAGCAAGAGUCCUACAAGGAGUCCUACAAAGACCGGAGGCGGCGUGCACACACUCAAGCUGAGCAGAAGAGGAGGGACGCUAUCAAGAGAGGCUACGAUGAUCUGCAGACCAUUGUCCCUACUUGCCAGCAGCAGGACUUCUCCAUUGGCUCCCAGAAACUCAGCAAAGCCAUCGUUCUACAGAAGACCAUCGACUACAUCCAGUUUUUACACAAGGAGAAGAAAAAGCAGGAGGAGGAAGUAUCCACACUGCGCAAGGAUGUCACAGCCCUGAAGAUAAUGAAAGUGAACUAUGAGCAGAUUGUGAAGGCACAUCAAGACAACCCUCACGAGGGGGAGGACCAGGUCUCUGACCAGGUCAAGUUCAACGUGUUCCAAGGCAUCAUGGACUCCCUAUUCCAGUCUUUCAAUGCCUCUAUCUCUGUGGCCAGCUUCCAGGAGCUGUCAGCUUGUGUCUUCAGCUGGAUUGAGGAACACUGUGAGCCACAGACUCUACGAGAAAUUGUGAUUGGAGUCCUACAUCAGUUGAAGAACCAGCUCUACUGAUGGCUCCUGGAAACCUGCAGGGCAGAGGUCUUUGGUCUGUUUGGCUGUGGAGCUGCUGGGCCUGAGACUGGACUGCAACACCUCACACCGGUCAGCUGGUUUCUACUUGGUGUUUGGUUUGCCCAGCCCCACUUCAGUGAGGCUGCUCUCUGAAGGCCUCUCAUUAAUUUAUUAUAUUGCCCAGUGUUGGACCCACCCAACUUUCCCCUACCCAGGAAAAGUGUCUAGAACAAGAGUCUGUUCAGGAACCCUCACAGAAGCCUUGGCCCUUCAGCCCUUUCUCUAGCCGCCGGGUUUAUGCUCACAAUCUCUAUAUAUAAUUUGGAAAUUGUUUGCCUCUGCUUGGUCUCUUGGGCAACACUUGGCUCAAGUUGGAGUAUUUUGGCAGUUUUUGACUUGGGAAAAAGGAGAAGAAAGAGUCUUGUGGCCACGAAGGGUGAAAGGCCACCUGUGCCUAGGCUGGUGCUGUGUGGUUAGCACUGAGCAAAGCCAGGGCUUUCUAGCCAGCUCAGGGUAGGGUUCCCAGGGUCCUGCUGUCCCUCAUGUUUCAGCCACUCUUCUGAAGGCAGGCAUCUCACAGCAUAACACAUGUGAAUUUAUUUUCUAAACACCAACAGCGUGCUUUUGUUAUAGUUUCCCCAAAUUCCCAGUGACCCCCAGAGCACCCAGCCGUCUCUGUGUACUGUGUACCAGCACCAGUGUUGGCCUACAUUCCUCCUAGGACUUGGGGAUAGCUACAGAAGACACUCGGGUCAUCUGGGGGUAGGCCUGGCUGAUGCCUUAGGUAGGGUUCUCAAAUGUUGGGUGUAUGAAAACCUUUCUGUAUUUUUCUCCCCAGUAUUCCCUGUUGCCUUCCCCAGGUUUGAUAUCUGGGAGGUUUGAUAAUCCAGAGGAAAUUAAGUAUUUUUAUAUCAAAUUAUAUUGCAAUAAAUAUUCUAGAUAAUUUCCCUUA